AUGCCUAUACACCGGCAAUCAAGGUGCACUUCUGCUGGCAGAGUCACAUCCCGAAUGUUGCUCUCGUUCCUGUUGUUAUCGGCACCGAUAGCUGCAUCUGGAGGGGAUUUGGCCCGUCAACAACAACACCCAGCCCCAAUUUUGCCUCCCAUACCUGCGACUCCUCUAAUUCAAGAUCCUGGGCGUAACGAACAUAUAUUUACCUUACGGCAUGUCUUCCAUCAUGGCGACCUCAACCGCCCCACUCAGCAUCUACGGCAUGAUGUUCCGAAAGAAGAGCCGUCUUUAUGGAUAGAAACAGAAGAUGAAGGGACAGUUGAGGAGGUGAAUCGGCCAUUGGUUGUUCGAAGCAACUCUAUAAACAUACAUCGAUUAAAGGACCGACGCCCCUCGGUGGUAGACCCUAUGGUGGCUGCAGCCCGGGAAUACGACCAAGUAUGGGCAUCGUCACCAGAUAUUUGGACUUUCGAUGAAGUCCGUGGGCCAAAUAUUACCGACCCCGAAACUAUCUUGACUUUUGCUCAAAUGGCAGCCAACGCCUAUGUGGACGUCCCUGAUACAGGCAAUUGGAAGGAUGUAAAUGGGGGCUUCAAUAGAACGGAUGACCGGGGCUUUGGUUGGGACAGCGAUGGGCUUCGAGGAUAUCUAUACGCGGACGAGACGAACUCUACGAUCGUUAUCGGCUUGAAGGGGACGACUCUUGCUAUUUGGGAUGGAGACGGAACCACGACAAAUGACAAGGAGAAUGAUAACCUCUUCUUCAGCUGUUGUUGUGGGCAACAGGGAAGCUACCUUUACCGUACGGUUUGUGACUGUGCUACCGCGACAUAUACUUGCAAUUUGACCUGCCUCAAGCAGAGUCUCAAGAAGGAGAACCGAUAUUACGCGGCUGCUCGACAUCUCUAUAACAACGUCACAGCGCUCUAUCCCAAUUCCGAGGUUUGGAUGUCAGGCCACUCUCUUGGAGGUUCUGUCAGUGCUAUGAUCGGCCUUACGUACGGGAACCCUGUUCUUACUUUCCAGGCUGUCCCGGAUGCGUUACCUGCAAAUCGGCUUGGGCUUCCAGUACCCCCAGGAGUAGAUCCCGAUAGACCAGGGCAGCGGGAAUUUACGGGAGCUUACCAUUUUGGCCAGAAUGCCGAUCCAAUUUAUAUGGGAACAUGCAACGGAGCUACGGCCAGUUGCUCUUAUGCCGGCUAUGCGUUGGAAAGUGCAUGUCAUACUGGACGAGAAUGUGUAUACGAUGUGGUCACAGACAACUCUACGAGGGUUUCUAUUGUCACGCAUCGAAUCAUAUGGGUGAUCAAUAAUGUACUUACGAAGUAUACGACAGUACCAGAGUGUAAAUUUACCCCUGAGUGCUACGACUGUCCCUUGUGGAAAGAAGUCACUGGGAAUAGCACUAAGACAUCCACUACUUCCUCUUCCACUUCCACCACCCGAACGAAGACUAGAACAUCGACCUGCGAAACUCCUGGAUGGUGGGGCUGUUUGGAUGAGACGACCACGACUUCUGGUAUAACUACCACUAGCAGUAGCAGCACUACAACCACGACAUCAACAUCAACAUGUAAGACUCCUGGGUGGUUUGGCUGCAAUGAUGAAACCACGACGACUAGUAAACCACAGACUACAAUUCCAACAGCUACAGCUACACAAACCAAGCAUACAGAGUCAUCGACGAUCACGUGUGAGACUCCUGGCUGGUUCGGUUGUAAUGAUCCAACUUCGACCGCAGCUCUGACUUCAGCCUCACACUCUACAGCAGAGUGCAGUUUACCAGGAAUGUUCUGGGGAUGUUAUGACCGAACUACAACACAUACUCAAUCUCAUCCCAUUACCUCGCCACCUCCGAUGCCUACUGUAACUUCAACGACUCGUGUGCCUAGCAAGACAAGCAGCUAUUCCUGUACAUCCCCCGCUUGGUUCGGGCUGGUCUGUGAGGACCCCUCGCCUGUACCUACAAACUCACCAGAGAAAUCACAUUGUUUGCGACGAAGCUGGCUUGGGUUCUGUAGAGAUUGGUCAGGUACGAAUGAUGUUUAUAAAGAUAUCUAG